GGCCAAAAUGGCAGCGUACAUGAGAGGCGUGAUGUGCCUUCUUUCCAUAGAGAGGAGUGCUUUGCUAACACAGAGGAGCGGGAUUAUUGUGGAAACAAAACGGUACGUUCGCGGACUGAGGAGGAAACCUGUCAAAGUGUUGUUUCCUGAAAACGAGAAGGGUAAAGUCCUGAGGCCGCCGCCGCAGUCCGAGGAUGCAGAGCCGAGUGUCCAGAGGAGGAAGGAGGCAAAAGUCACAUCCACAAGAGAACAUCCAGGAGAAACUGAUUUUGUCAAAACAAGGAGUAAUGUGCUGUCAGAUGUUACGCAUGCACACGUUGGUGUUACAAAGGAUCAAGUUGACGGACUGCGCUUUGAGAGGGCUUUCCCUGGAGAUAAAAGACUGGCGAAGUUGGUGAGUGUUGCUCGUUCCAGGAGGUUUCGAGAGCAUCAGGGUAAAAUCCUGCUGGAGGGCAGGCGUUUGAUUUGUGACGCCCUGGAUGCUGGAGCCAAGCCACAGACUGUGUUCUUCAGCACAGUGGAUCGGCUUAGAGAGCUGCCCUUAGACAAGCUGAGAAGGGCCACGCUAGUCAAAGUCAAGUUUGAGAACAUCAAGACCUGGUCUGACCUUGUGGCCCCACAAGGGGUGAUCGCAAUAUUUUCUCUCCCGGAUCCAUCACGGUUGAACUUUGCAAAUAACGAUCAUUCGGUGCCGUUGUCCUUGAUAUGUGACAACAUCCGAGAUCCUGGCAAUCUUGGCACAAUACUGCGAUGUGCUGCUGCCGCUGGUUGCCAUAAUGUCCUCCUCACCAAAGGUUGUGUGGAUGUUUGGGAGCCCAAAGUUCUGCGUGCAGCAAUGGGUGCUCAUUUCCGCCUUCCCAUCUACCCCAACCUGGCCUGGGAUGAUGUCGAAAGCCGUCUCCCGAAACCUGUGACUGUCCAUGUGGCUGACAGUAGCUUCAAUUCUGACAGAAGUAGAGAAACUGAAGCUAUUGUGUCUCACAAACCGUCCAAAGCAGGAGACUACGACUGGGUCAGCACCAGGCCUAAUCGCAAAAACACGCGCUACGAGGAGUACGAUUAUGACUCGGAUUCUGAUUCUGAUUCUGAGUCUGAGGAUGAGAGAUCUUCUCUCCCCAGAGUGGACACCCAGCUGUACCAUGACAGCUGGGCUCAAAGCCCCACUGCUCUUGUGAUUGGUGGAGAGACACACGGUCUGAGUGUGGAAGCCGUCCAGUUAGCUGAGAAAACUGAUGGUCACAGGCUCUUUAUUCCAGUCGUUCCUGAUGUGGACAGUUUGAAUUCAGCCAUGGCAGCCAGCAUUCUGCUGUUUGAAGGCAGGAAACAACUGUUAAAACUACUGCAAACAUCUGGAAAGAAAAGGCAGUCUAAAGCUGAGAGACACUCCUCAUGAUACUUCUUUACAUGUCAGCCUGAUCAGAAUAACUGCAUGUCCCACAUUGUGUUCCGCUAAUAAUAAAACCUCUGAAUUUAGGUCAAGAUUUGCUCAGUGUAUGUAUGAAGUAUGUGAAUUUAUACACUGUCUGUAAACGCUCAAACUAAACAUUGAUUUGCUUAUUCUGUUGAUUGUUGAAACAGGUCACUAGAAUACUCCAGAGCCUUAAAUAGGCAUUCUUAUUCCUUGUUUUAUCCAAUCUUCAUCAAUAGUUUUUCAGUGUACUACUAUAGAUGACAAAUAAAAUCACAUUUGAGAAGCUGAAA